AUGUUGGCAGCUAGAAACUCCUGUCAAAACGCCGCCAAGCGUUUUGUGCGUCACCAGUCCUCGGCGCCCAGCGGCCCCGUCAUCGGUAUCGACUUGGGUACCACCAACUCGGCCGUUGCCGUCAUGGAAGGCAAGACCCCUAAAAUCAUCGAGAACUCGGAGGGUGGCAGAACCACGCCCUCCAUCGUCGCGUUCACCAAGGAGGGCGAGCGGUUGGUCGGAAUCCCCGCCAAGCGCCAGGCCGUGGUCAACCCCGAAAACACCUUGUUUGCCACCAAGAGAUUGAUUGGCAGAAGAUUCGAGGACCAGGAGGUCCAGAGAGACUUGAACCAGGUGCCCUACAAGAUCGUCAAGCACGAGAACGGCGACGCGUGGAUCGAGGCCCGUGGCCAGAAAUACUCGCCCCCUCAGAUCGGAGGCUUUGUGUUGAACAAGAUGAAGGAGACCGCGGAGGCGUACAUGAGCAAGCCCGUCAACAACGCCGUGGUCACGUGCCCCGCCUACUUCAACGACGCCCAGAGACAGGCCACCAAGGACGCCGGUAAGAUCGUCGGCUUGAACGUGCUCAGAGUGGUGAACGAGCCCACCGCCGCCGCCUUGGCCUACGGUUUGGAGAAGAACGACGGAGAGGUUGUCGCCGUGUUCGACCUCGGUGGUGGUACCUUCGACGUGUCGGUGUUGGACAUUGGCGCCGGUGUUUUCGAGGUCAAGUCCACCAACGGUGACACGCACUUGGGUGGUGAGGACUUCGACAUUGCCGUCGUCAGAAACAUCGUCGACACCUUCAAGAAGGAGUCCGGCAUCGACUUGUCCCAGGACAGAAUGGCCAUCCAGAGAAUCAGAGAGGCCGCCGAGAAGGCCAAGAUCGAGUUGUCGUCCACCGUGUCCACGGAGAUCAACUUGCCUUUCAUCACCGCCGACGCCUCCGGCCCCAAGCACAUCAACCAGAAGAUCUCCAGAUCCCAGUUCGAGGCCUUGGUUGAGCCUUUGAUCAAGAAGACCGUCGAGCCUUGUAAGAAGGCCUUGAAGGACGCCGGCUUGAGCACCUCCGAGAUCUCCGAGGUCAUCUUGGUCGGUGGUAUGUCCAGAAUGCCAAAGGUCAUUGACACCGUCAAGUCCAUCUUCGGCAAGGAGCCAUCCAAGGCCGUCAACCCAGACGAGGCCGUCGCCAUGGGUGCCGCCAUCCAGGGUGGUAUCUUGGCCGGUGAGGUCAAGGACGUUGUCCUUUUGGACGUCACCCCCUUGUCCUUGGGUAUCGAGACCAUGGGCGGUGUGUUCGCCAGAUUGAUCUCCAGAAACACCACCAUCCCAGCCAAGAAGUCCCAGAUCUUCUCCACUGCCUCUGCUGGCCAGACCUCUGUCGAGAUCAGAGUGUUCCAGGGUGAGAGAGAGUUGACCAGAGACAACAAGUUGAUUGGCAACUUCACCUUGUCUGGUAUUCCUCCUGCUCCAAAGGGUGUGCCUCAAAUUGAGGUCACCUUCGACAUUGACACCGAUGGAAUCAUCAAGGUCUCUGCUCGUGACAAGGCCUCCAACAAGGACGCCUCCAUCACUGUCGCUGGUUCGUCCGGUUUGUCCGACUCCGAAAUCGAGAAGAUGGUCCAGGACGCUGAGAAGUUCGCCGAGUCCGACAAGGCCAAGAGAGACGCCAUUGAGUCCGCCAACAGAGCCGACCAAUUGUGCAACGACACCGAGAACUCUUUGAACGAGUUCAAGGAGAAGCUCGACCAGGCCGAGGCCGACAAGCUUAGAGAGCAGAUCGCUGCCUUGAAGGAGCUCGCUGUCAAGGCCCAGGCCGGCGAGGAGGUUGACGCCGCUGAGUUGAAGACCAAGGUCGAGGAGUUGCAGAACGACUCUUUGAAGGUUUUUGAGAAGUUGUACAAAAACGAGGGCAACCAGGAGAACAACAACAACUCCGGUGAAUCCUCCGAGCCAAAGAACUAA